AGAUGCUGACAAAUGUGUGGUGUGCACAGACAGUGGGUCGAACAUGGCUGCAACAGAAGGGAUCCGAAAAGUUUACAAGUGGAUGGCGUGCUCAGACCAUAAAAUCGCGACCGUCCUGACAACAGUGUUCAACAAAACGACAAUCACAACAGACGGAGUUCGCUCCGCGCCAUUUUAUAAGUAUCAUAAAUAUGCACCACACCUGUUUGAAAUGAUCGACAACUCCAAGGAGUUGGUGAGGUAUUUCAAACAAGCCAACCUGCAAAACUAUUUGAGCAAAACACUGAAACAGGAGAAUGCAACACGGUGGAAUUCAUUGCUGAUUUCCCUAAACAACAUUUUGGACAGUUAUGAUGAUGUGACAAUUGUCCUUGCAAGGCUUGCCAACACGAAUCGGCAGGCGAACAAACAGUUUCUCAUCACACGAAUUGACAAGAACUCACUUGCAGAGUUGGCACGGUUCUUGAAACGGUUCCAGACUGCCACCCUUGGGUUGGAGAAACAUCUAGAACCGACACUGCACCUUGUAGCAUUCGAGCGCAGUGCUCUCUUGGAGUACUGCAAACCGCGUAAUGAGCCAUACAACGACGAGGAAGCUGAUGGUAAGAAGUUCACCAUCCCAUCAGACUCAGACGACAUCAUAGCUGUGAAGAUGUUGACCAAACAUGUGCUGCAGGAGAAAUGGAUCUUGGAUGAUCUCCACAUUGCUGCAGCUUUGCUGGACCCUCGACAAAAGCACAGGUUGGAUCGUUUCAGGUUGUUGAAAACCCAGGUUGAGCGAGGAACGAGUUGUUUGCAAGAGAUUAUGCACAGUGUGAAAGACACAAGUGCAGAGGCAAGCGAAGAAACUGCAGCAACAGAAGGGAGGUGGCCACUAAAGCGCAGGAUGAAAACGCCCACAAGAGAGGUCGCCGACGAGCUAACGUUGUGUAGUACGGACGAAGAUGAGGAGGAGGACUUACCCAUCGCUCGUAUAAGGCCAUUGACACAGGCACAACGCAUAAGAAAGGAGCUGGAGCUCUACUUCAGCUUGAAGCUGACAAAAGAAGAGAAGAAAAAGUUUGACAUCCUUGUGUGGUGGAAGGCGAAAGGGACUCUUGCAAAGAACCCAGAGGACCAGCUCUUGCUCCCACCACUACCGAUCAUGGCCCGUGCUGCUCGUGCAGUCCUGUGUGUUCCUGCAUCCAGUUUGAAGAGCGAGUGCAAUUUCUCGAACGUAGGAAACACUGUCACGAAGAAAAGAAACCAGCUUAAUCGGUCCGUGGUGGAUGACGUCCUCUUUGUCCGCUCUAAUUGCGAUGUGGUCACAUGAUGUGGGUGUUGUAGAUUUGCAGGUUGUCGGCUUUCAGGCACGUGAUGCAAGUGUUGCAGCUUUGCAG